AUAAGUAGCACAUGAAGGGCACAGCCCACAAACAGCUGUCAAUGGAAUAAAGACUUUGAGGCGGUGAUUGUGAAUGCUAGGCGUGUGCAGUGUCGUGUCCUGAGAUAAAGUAAUGCUUAUAGCUAGCAGGAACUGCAAAUGUCUAAAAAAAAAACACUGUAACUAGGAAUAUAUGAAAUGAAUGCAAGGAAACACCAACGACUGCCUGCUGUGCGAUCCUGGUUAACGUCGGAGUUCUACUCUGCGGCGAAACUUCGAUCUGCACACUCCCAGAGAAAAUAAGCCUGGUCUGCAUAUUGUCCUUUUCGCUACAAAGGGUCGACUGCGGCUAUAUAUCACCUUAAUCAAUUUUAGUUGGAUCAAUGGUCAGCCAGACAAGUUUGUUAGCCAGAGAGUGCGAGUGCGCGCCUCUGCUAAUGUUUACAAGUGUGAUGUUUUCACUUCACGUUUAUUACAGCUCUCGGAAUGCCCGUUCAUGCUCCCGCUGCUUCACGAGUCUUUAAGCGGGUUUAUCUUAACCUGAAUCAGAACUAUUGAAUGCGUUUUUUUCCCUGUGAUUGGAAGAUUAAGUAAAGCUGUGGAUACCCUUCUUUCCCAAUGAUCUUGGAACAUUCAACAGUUACUUCGUCUCCGAGCUCAGUUCCUGUCCAGAAGCUCACUCGAGCAAAACGUGUCAUGUCAGCCCCUCUGCCUAUUGCUGUGGACUUUAUGCUGGGUUCUGCCGCCUGCUGCCUCGCUUGUGUUUUCACUAAUCCACUAGAGGUAGUGAAGACAAGGCUGCAGCUCCAAGGAGAACUGCGAGCACCGGGCACGUACCCGCGACACUACAGGGGUGUGCUGCAGGCUCUUCUAGCGGUGAGUCAAGCUGAUGGACUCCGCGGGCUGCAGAAAGGACUCGCUGCAGGUCUGUUAUACCAGGGGCUCAUGAAUGGUGUGCGCUUUGGUGUCUACUCGUCUGCAGAGACUGCCGGUGUCACUCUGAGACCGGGAGGGAGCAUCGCUGCAGGUGCAGUGGCUGGAGCCCUAGGAGCCUUUGUAGCCAGCCCCACCUAUCUGGUAAAAACCCACCUCCAGGCUCAGACUGUAGCCGCUAUCGCUGUUGGGCACCAACACAAUCAUCAGAGUGUAACCAGUGCCUUUCUGACCAUCUAUAAGAACCAGGGUAUCAUAGGACUGUGGCGAGGAGUUAAUGGUGCCGUACCACGUGUAAUGGUUGGAUCAGCUGCACAGUUGGCAACAUUUGUCUCUGCUAAAGAGUGGGUGCAGGAGCGACAGUGGUUUUGGGAAGACAGCUGGCUGGUGGCUUUGACAGGCGGCAUGAUGAGCAGUGUUGUUGUAGCAGCUACCAUGAUGCCCUUUGAUGUCAUCAGUACAAGACUUUACAAUCAGCCAGUGAAUGAAUUUGGCAAGGGAAAACUCUACUCAGGUUUUUUGGAUUGCUUUUUGAAGAUACUGAAGAAAGAAGGACUGCUGGGAUUGUACAAGGGUAUAGGUCCUUGCUACCUCCGCCUUGGCCCACACACCAUCUUGAGUCUGCUGUUUUGGGAUGAAUUGAGGAAAUUGGCGUACUCCUACCAGCACAACAAAUCAAAAGGAUCCUCAUAGAUGCACCGUGGUUCACUGUCAGUAGAGCUAUAAUGGAACAGCUGUGCUCCUUAUGUGUCCAUCACAAAAGGACAUGGAAUGCUGCUUACAUUACAAGCCACAGGCAACAGGAUUAGACCUCUGUGGCCAGGUUUCAUACACCUCCUGUUAAGAAAUGUGACAGAAUGUUAAAGCAGUAUGUGGAGUGAUGAAUUUGUAAUGACCUCCAAUCAGCUACUUGCUCUGGAGUAGUCUGCUAUUUAUAUAGUGUGUGAGAACAGGUACCAGCCACUGAUAGUAUUUUUUUUCAGUACUUUACAGAGCUUCUGUGUGAUCGGGGCAUAUCACUGGCCUCAGUAGGGGAAGGAAGGAGGUGACUUAUCACAUAAGUCAUGGGCUUUUUUUAACUCACUUCUGUCUAAGAAUUAACAAAGACAGUUGCACACACUGAUCAUAUCGUAAUAGAAAAAUCUCACUAGAAUAUAGUAGCGCAAUAUGCUGGACAUAAAAAUAGCUUACAAAAAUUUGCUGGUGCUACUGAAAUUAUAUUGGACUGGAGAAAAGGCUGUAGUUGAGCCAAGUGCAUCUUCUGAAAGUAUUAGUGUACACUACUGCUCAGGCGGUCACACCUUUGCACAGCUGCAGUGGACUAGUUAAUGUCUUUUCACUACAGAGGUGAUGGUGCGUCUCCAUCAUGAUGACAUCUCCCUGCUGCUCUCAUCAUAAGCAUUGACCUAAUCUGACCUGCAUAAUCCAGAGCUUGGAUACAGUAAGAGAAUGUGUGCUGUGUUUUUGUAGCCCAGGUACCAUACUGGAAUGUCCACAGCACUCUGCAUCAGAGUUACUCACUGGAGCCUGACCUUCAAAGGAGGUGCUGCUGUUACAAAGUGCUGCUUUGGGACUUUGUGUUAAGUUUUGCAACCUGGUGAAACAGUCUUUAAAGAUUCUAAACCCUGAUGAAGUCUGCUACAUGAGAAUAAUGCCCAUUUUCAUAUACAGCUGUUUUUAGUGUUGCAGCUUUAGGUGGUAGUGCUAUGAAAAAUACCUUCCACUGGUUACACAAAAUACUUGCAAAAAGUAAAAGUUGACAGAUCUGCAUUAUUCCCAUCUAAGGUGGAUACAGCAGUCAGCUGUGUGUGUGUGUGUGUGUGUGUGUGUGUGUGUGUGUGUGUGUGUGUGUGUGUGUGUGUGUGUGUGUGUGUGUGUGUGUGUGUGAGUUGGGGGAGGCUUAAUAGUAAAACCAAACUGAAGGUUCUAAUGGUUGGGUAGACUUUUUUUAUAAAGGUGUACCUAGUACAUCUGUAUUUUAGUUUGCAGCUAAUACGAGGCUGCCAGAACAGUUAUAGGGAAUCCUAAAUGGUGUUCUUUCAGAUUUGGACCUUAGUAAACGAGUAGCAGCCCCUAUUUUCCACUUGAUUUCUGGCUUCUUACUGUGCUGGUAUAAAGCAUUAAAUGCAAAGUGUGUGUGCUUUUUACAAAAAAAUGUGUAAAUUAUUUGUUGAAAACCAGAAGGUUUUCCUUUUUUCUUUUAUGACUCUAAUCUUUGUCUUCAUGGAUAUCUCUGUAAACAGUGCAACCCUAUUUAUCAGAACACACUGGGAAAUAAAUAAAAUGUUCAGAUAAAAGAGUUCUCAUAAUAGCUAAGACAGCCAGCCAUCUAAAAGUUUUGACAAACAGACAAUUUAGAACUCUUACUGUGCAAAGAAAUGUAGAGAGCACAACCCAGUAACAUUAAGGAACAUAUACUGUGGUAAGGAAUGUAUAAAACAGAUAAUAAUGCAGUGACAUUACUGAUGUACAGUAGGGGCUUGGCGAAGAUAUUGCUUGAUGUAGUGUGCUAUUGUAGGACGCCAGUUCUUCAAAUGCGAUUAACAAGACAGAGUUCCACUUGGCCUUCACUCUUCUUCUAGUUAACGAUAUCCAAACCACUCUGACCAAAUGCACCCAGAGUGUCUCAUUCACCCUUAUCAAAUUGUAUUUAUAAAAUGAAAAUUCUAAAACAUUCUUUCUGAUCAGAGUUGGCCUAUUCAAAUAGAUAUACUAUAAAUAAACUAAUACAGAUAGCAGAUUUUUUCUUAAAAGGGGUCAGAGUCAGCUGUUUUAAAAAGUUCUCUAUCAGAAUGUCCAAGCUACCUCUAACAGCUUGAAUUUAUAGAUCAUAAAUAUUAUUUCAAAACUAACAUAGAUUGCAUGUUUUCAUAAUGAGGUGGUAAACAUACUUUUGCAGACAUUCCUCCAUAUAUUUGAUAUUUCACUUCCAUAUUUAAUGAAAGAGAACUGACUGGGCCAACCAAAAUCAUUACUGUUUGAACAAUUUUUCAUUUUCUAAUCAGAUUCUUUAUAAGACAUUUACAUCUCAUUCUGUCCAUUUAAAGAGAUGCCAUCUCUGACUGACACAUCUUUUUUUUUUAUUAGACUGUUCAUCUUUCUGAUCAGAUUCUAAAAUUGCUGUUAGUGCUCCAAUCUGAAUGCCCGAGAGUCUAAGCAGUCUUGUUUUAAUUGAGGAAGAUUGCCUUUUUUUGGAUAAACCGUUGACUUGUAUAAAUAAGCAGGUUGUACCAUAUACUACAUAUAUUGUAUUUAACCUUGCCCUUGUCGUCAAGGUCAUGGCUGGAAGAGAUUCAAGGAGUAGUCCACUUAGUUGAGUAACAAAAGGUAAAAAAAAAUAAAAUAAAAUAAAAAUAAAUAAAUGAAUACUUCUUCAUAAGAUAUUCAUCUUCAUCUGUUUGUAAAACUGAUAAUGCACUCUGAGUAUUACAUGUUGUACAUCUCUGUCCAUUCUGCCCCUUAUGACUUCAGCAUCCUUUUCCAUAUAGAUGCUUCUUGUAGUACCUUAUCUCUCUACUUUCUGAAGGGGACUGGUUAUGUUAUGUGUCUAUUGGGAGGAUUGGGGAUUCCUGUGUCAUAAUUCUGCUAACUUAAGUGUUUUGUCAAGUAUGUUUUCAUGACCACUACCACACUCCUUUCUGUUGAGUCUAUUUUAAAGAACCACCACACUCAAACAUAUUUAAAAAAUGUUUUCUCAGCAUAUUUUAAACUUUCCUGCAUUGGAGAUGUCUCUGCAUCAGUGUAAAUGGUUGCUAUUGUUUUUUUAAUUUGUUUCCCCAAAAUGGCCUGAAAGGGGGCUGCCAUGCUGCAGUUGUGUUACGUAGUGAAGGCUUUUACCUCCCUGAUGUACUUUCAUAGGAAAAUAGAGAAAGCCCUGUGAUGAGAGGACCAUUGACUGUAGUUCUCUCUGUCUCUGCCAACUUACAAAAUUACUGUGACAAACUACUUCUGACUGUCAGCAUCAGACUGCCUUUUUUAUUAUUUUGCUUUGUUUGAUUUUUAUUACUGGCCAUUUAUGAUAUAGCUUUUUAUGGGACAUUUGAAUGUCAAGCUUACAAAAGUAGCUGAGUUAGUUGCACUUUUCAAACUAGUAUCUGUAGUUCAAUGCCAAAGGCUGAUAAAUAUGCUUGCUGUGACUAGGAGGUGCUACUCAGGCUGCCCGCUAUGACCAGGAGGUGCUACUCAGGCUGCUUGCUGUGACUAGGAGGUACUACUCAGGCUGCCCGCUGUCGCUAGGAGGUGCUACUCAGGCUGCCCGCUGUGACUGAGGUGCUACACCGUAGUGUGUUGUACUCACAUUGGAUUGAUAAUUCAUUAGAAUUAGUGCCUUUGAUGUUAAUCACCCCUCCUCAUGUUCAGUGACUUGCCUCAACCAAACACUGUAUAUAAUGUAAAACUGCUGUAACAAACACCAAAAGAAAAUAGCAUGCAUUUUCAGAAAAUGUAGAGUGGAACAAUAAAAAAUCAAAUACUGCCAGAACAUUAAAAGAAUAAGAUGAAAAUAUUAUCUUAUACAAGACCCUCUUGUCGUUUGACUUUUGACUAAAGGAACAGACUUCAAAUCUGAAUUUAAAAAAAACUGAUCUGUGGGUGGAGUUUUCUUGCUCAUUUGCAACUGAAAGCUCUGCUUGAAAACUCUUUGCAUCUGUUCAGACUGAGAACUGUAGAUCCAGGCUACACUAUUUAUCUGAUGUGUGAUACUGGUAAUCUGUGACCAAGGCAUACUUAAAUACCAGUUUUAAGAGCUAUUUUUUAAUAAUCAGUAAUUUUAAUGAUCAACAACCUAACCUAAUUACUGUGCCAUACAUACCCUUCAUGAUGUAACAGACAAACAAUAAGAAAGAAAAUAUGAGAUUUCACAAAAAAAACAAAAACAGAAUCAAGUUAAAAUAAAAACAAAUGGAAUAAUAAUGCAAUAAUGCUUUCCGUUUAUGAGGUAAUUUUAGUGUUGGGGUACAGGGAAGGAAAAUCACUUUUUGGAGAGAAUAGCUUGACAUUUGUGUGGAGUUCUCCUUUAAUGAGGGGAUGUCUUUGUCUUUGGUCAGUGUCAUGGUCUUCCUAGAUGUUCAUCGUGCAUACAGCUGCAGUAAUCACAGAUGGGUUUU